CCUUUUUUUCCCUUUUCCAGGCUGCUGGUGGGGCUGAUGGACUCGGACUCCUCCGGGGGGGUGUCCCGGGAGGAGCUGCGGGCCUGGAUCCUGCGCAGGCACCGCGGCUCCCGCCAGGAGGCGCUGCGGAGCGAGAGCGCGCGCCUCGAUCGCGACAGCGACGGCGUCGUGACAUGGGCCGAGUUCAGGCAGCUGAGCUUCGGGGACGCCGAGGAUUUUGGGGGCUCUCCCGACCCCGAUUCCCACCGGAAGCUUCUGGAACGUUCCCGGCGUCGUUUCGGGGCCGCUGACGAGGACGGCGACGGGCGCCUGGGGGCGGCUGAGCUCGACGCCUUCCUGCACCCCGAGGACUUCCCCAGGCUCCAGGACCUCGUGGUGCAGGAGACGAUCGAGGACCUGGACCGGGACGGGGACGGAUUCAUCCAGGUGGACGAGUACAUCGCUGAUUUAUUCGAGGGCCCCCCAGGCUCCCCAGAGCCCCCCGAAAUCCAACGGGAACGGGAACAAUUCCUGCAGGUUCGGGAUCGGGACGGCGACGGCCGCCUGGGACCCCCCGAGGUCAAACUCUGGCUCAGCCCCCCCAGCCCCGACUGGGCAGGGCUGGAGGCCGAGCACCUGAUCCACCACGCCGACCUGGACCAGGACGGGGCCCUGAGCCGGGAGGAGAUUUUGGCUCGUUGGGAGCUUUUCGUGGGGAGCAGAGCCACGGACUACGGGCAGGACCUGCACAGGGGCCACGACGAGCUCUGAGCCCCAGAAAGCCACCCAAGAACCCCAAAAAUAUCCCCAAAAAAAGCCCCAAAUAUCCCCAAAAUAUCCCCCCAAAAAUUUCCCAAAAUAUCCCCCAAAAAUCCGAAAAAAAUCCAAAAAGUUUCCCUAAAAAUUCACAAAAAUAUCCCCAAAAAUAUCCCAAAAAACCCUCAAAAAUUCACAAAAAUAUCCCCAAAAAUAUCCCUAAAAAUCCACCAAAUAACCCCAAAAAUAUCCCCAAAAAAAGCCCCAAAUAUCCCCAAAAUAUCCCCCAAAAAUUUCCCAAAAUAUCCCCCAAAAAUCAAAAAAAAAAUCCGAAAAGUUUCCCUAAAAAUUCACAAAAAUAUCCCCAAAAAUAUCCCCAAAAAUCCCUCAAAAAUUCACAAAAAUAUCCCCAAAAAUAUCCCAAAAAAUCCACCAAAUAACCCCAAAAAUAUCCCCAAAAAUCCCCCAAAA